GUAGCGAAUGCCACGUACUGACUGACGUUGAAAGUGUGGAGGACGCUUCCUGAUGCUGGCCCGGUUCUGGCUAGGCUAGCUAACUGGUUUGAUUGUCACGGUUUGGGGUGAACCUGUGAAACACGGCGCGGUCAAGUUGUCACCUUCAGACUACCUCUCCUCUGACUGUAAAGCGGUGGGAGCACAACAGGUUGGACUGUACCAUGAACGGCCAGCUGGACCUGAGUGGGAAGCUGAUCAUCAAAGCCCAGUUGGGCGACGACAUCAGACGCAUUCCUAUCCACAAUGAAGACAUCACUUAUGAUGAGCUGGUGCUGAUGAUGCAGCGUGUUUUCAGGGGCAAGCUGCAGAGUAAUGAUGAAGUUACCAUCAAAUAUAAGGAUGAGGAUGAUGACCUCAUCACCAUCUUUGACAGCUCCGACCUCUCCUUUGCCAUCCAGUGUAGUAGAAUACUCAAACUGACUCUGUUUGUGAAUGGUCAGCCGCGGCCCUUGGAGUCCAGCCAGGUGAAGUACCUGCGCAGGGAGCUCAUAGAGCUUAGGAAUAAAGUCAACAACCUCCUGGACAGUUUGGAGCCCCCCACAGAGCCUGGACUGGCUGCUACAGCACGAGAAAGUGAAUCGGUUGAUGGACGUGAAGGAAAAGUUGUGGCAGGAGAUCCCACAUUGAAACAGGCCACUCCAGUCAGUGCGGCAAGCAUGUCGGCCUUUGACCCACUGAAAAACCAGGACGAGGUCAACAAAAAUGUCAUCUCUGCUUUUGGCCUCAGUGACGAUCAGACCCAAGCCCCUUCUGCAAUUGCAGCAGAGGAGCGCUCAGGAACUCCUGAUAGCAUCGCCUCCUCCUCAUCUGCGGCCCCUCAGCCAGGAGUACCCCCCCAACCACAGGCUCCUUAUGCUGGAGUACAGCAGGGACCCCCAGCUGGCAUUGAUGGUCAGGUGUACCAGCAGUACCAGGCCCCAGGUGGAUACCAGCAACCAGGUGCCCCACCCCAGCAGCAGCAGCAGCAGUAUGGUAUGCAGUACCCUGCAGGAUAUAGUCCUCAGCCCGGAGCUCCUCAGCCUGGCCCACCACAGCAGCAACAGCAGCAGUUUCAGAACUACGCCCCUCCCUCCACCCAGGCUCCUACCCCCGGCCCAGCCCCACCUCCAGCCCCAGCCCCGGGCUUCCAAGGUGGCCAGCAACCACCCCAUCCAUCUCAGGGAGCCCAGCAAUAUCCACCAGGAGCCUUCCCUCCCCAAAACUAUACCUCCCAGGCCUCCCAGCCUGCUAACUACAGCCUGCCACCCAACUCCCAAGCCGGCUCAGCAGGGUACCAACCCCGCCAGGGGUACAACGUACCUCCAGGCAGCACCCCUCCACCGGGAGCUGCUAACCCAUACGCCCGCAACCGCCCCCCCUAUGGCCAGGGCUACACUCAGCCUGGCCCUGGGUACCGGUAAAAGGGGACAGAUGAUGCUAAUGAUCCUCACACACGCCCCCUUAACCCCUACCUUCUGUGUGUGGCUCCAGCUGUUUGGAGUGUGUGCAGGAAACAUUGUUUUACUGCUCUACAUUCCCCUCUCCGGCAAAUAUCAAUUCCAAAUAUGAAACAAGCAAGCCCCCCCACCUUCCCUGGUCUGAUGGUCGGUGUUUGUAUGCUGUCUCUUCACACACCUCUGUGUCCAGACCUCUGCUCUAUGUUUCAUGAUUAUUUUUACCGAUCAUUGUAACCAUGUAACCAGUCUGUCUGCACACACCUGCGAGACCAAAACAGGCUGUUGCACAAACUGUGAAUAGUUCUUUUCAUAUGGUAAUUCUUUGUUUUGCAAGUGAGAUCAGCACCCACAUCCUCCAUUUGUGUCCGUGGCAACCGUCUCAACUGUCUGUGUUGGGUUUUCUGUGUGUAGUUGCAUUAACAAGACACUAUCUAAAUGAAAAGUUACCCCUUUGUCACUUUGUUUUUUUCUUGAGUUGAUCAAUUUUACCACCAUGUCGGUAUUAAUAAUGUCAGUGAAACUGCCCCGUGUUGGGAACACUAGCUAAAUGAUGCCUUGCGGGAGGUGUAGAUCCCAGUGUGAUGAAGGAGGCUUCUUUUGUUCAGCAUAUUUUAUCUCCUCCAAUAAAAGCUUGUUAUUCCUCCUUUCUCUGCUCACUGGUUUUUACUAAUAUAUCAAAUUCCACCUUCAAAUGAGAUUAGUUGUUUAUGUAUAAACUGUAACAUUUUUUUCUUGAACCUAAUAAAUGAUUGAGACCCA